ACCAGCAAAUCAUGGCUGUAUAUCCUCCAUCUGGCGGGUUCUGGCAGAAGGGAGGAUUUUCUGGCAACAAUAUCUGGGGAGGCAACAAGAUGGCCCCGUUUGACCAAGAGUUCUACAUGAUCUUCAAUGUGGCCGUGGGAGGCACCAAUGGCUUUUUCCCCGACGGCAACCACUACCCCACAACAAAACGGUGGAAGAACAGCUCACCUCAUGCAGCGGAGGAUUUCUGGACCAAACGAUCCACCUGGAACGGAUCAUGGCAAGGCGAUAAUGUCGCGAUGAUUAUUGAUUACGUCGAGUUUAAAAGUCGUUAAUUAAUUAUAGCGGUUAAAAGAUUGUGGGCUAUUCCAGUAUCUACACAGCUUUAUCUUAGGCGUAGGA